AUGAUGAAUGACAAACUUAAGAAUAUUUGUGUAAGAGAAUUGCGUACCUUUGCCACUGUGAUCGUUCUCCUUUUAUACUGCGUAAAGAGGAUCUACUGGAUUGUAGCCGUUAAUGGUAACUUCCUUACGGAGCCUCGCACUAAAGUUAAGAGGGUGGAACUAUGUAUUGGUUUAUCAGAUCCUUGCCAUGUGGCCUUAUCUUAUGGGAGCGAUCAUUAUCGUCUCCAUCUAAGCAUGUCGCCAAUUCGGUUCCUCUUCAACAUACUCAUCUCUUCCCUGUUCAUCCUCUCUGUCUCCUCUACAUUCCCCCUUCUUCCCUUUCAUCAUCAUUUACCCGAUGAAUUACAUCCGGCCGUUCAAGUAAAGAGAGCAAUAAUGGCUCAUCAAUUCCUCAUUGCCCACAACUGUGUCAGAGCUGCCUACGGCUUGAGUCCCUUGAGAUGGAACAGAACAGUGGCCAAAUACGCCCACCGCUGGGCUGAUCAACGAGCUGCCGAUUGUCAGCUGAUGCAUUCUCCUGAUAGUCCCUACGGCGAGAACAUGUUCUGGAGCAAGAAAAGCCAUUGGGGUCCUACGGAGGUGGUCAAAUGUUGGGCUGAUGAAAAAGUCUAUUACAAUCAAAAAACAAAUGAGUGUAUCAAUGGGGAAAAGUGCGACCAUUUUACACAGCUCGUAUGGAAGGACACCGAACGGGUAGGAUGCGGGCGGGUUCGGUGCAACAAUGAUAAAGGUUUCUUAUAUGUUUGCUCUUAUGAUCCUCCAGGGAAUUACUAUUUUGAAGGUCCAUUCGGUGGCACUUUUACCAAAUCUAUAGCGUAUCCUCCUCCAGGCAGUGUAUAA